ACACUACAAACUCUCGAAUAAAUGAAAAAAAGCCACCAGACUUGAACGGCGUGCCAGCCGGACGGGACAUGAGAAGCUCCGCGGAGAUAGCUGCGCAGGACCGAACCGGGUGGUGGCCGGUAACACGGACCACUCGGACAACGAAGGCGGCCGCUAAGCCUGUUUCGGAGUUUCUGUUAGCAAAUCUGAUGCCCGCGAGAGGGACUGGAUCGAAGCGACACUCACCUGUUUGCUCAGGUGAAAGAAGCGACGACGGGCAAAUUCAUGCCGCGGCGCUGUCUCGCGGUUAGCGCUUGAAAACCAUGGGUUUUGGAUGUUUGAGUCACAGUAUCGGUUUCAUAUGUUGCCUGUUGUUUUUCUCGGCGCCGAGUAAACGGGGAAGGGCCGGAUACUGUGGGCCAUCUUUGGCUCAUCAGUUGAGGUUGCUGUUUAAUGUGAUUCACUGUUUGGCUUUAUAUGCGGGCGAGAAGGGGUUGAUGAAGACGCCAUGUCUUUGCACGAUUUGCUGCUUUCCACUUCAGCUUCUUACCUCUAGUUUGUCCAAGGCAGGCAAGACGGAGAAUUAUAAGACAGCAAGGCACCACUUUUUUUCGAGUUUCCGUUCUUAUACUUCAUCUCAAUUUCCGAUCCCCGAGAUCCCGAAGCCCAUCACUCCGUUACCAUCGUUUAGUGUACUGGAGUCAAAAGAUCUGCAUUUGGCCUCCCUACCUACGAUCCCUUUCUUCCAUUCCCGCUCAUUUCCCGUCACCUGCCUGAUCUGCCCCCUAGCAUAUCUCCUCCUGGACCUGAAUCCUGCCGCCCGAACUUCCACUUCUAGCUCGUGCGCCCCGCAAGCCCAUCCCUAAAACCCGACAGUGAACCUGUUAGCGCCAUUUACAUAGUGCCUAGGUGGUUU